GUGUCAGCUGUGAUGCAUGUUUAAAAGGAAAUUUUCGAGGUCGCAGAUACAAGUGCUUAAUUUGCUAUGAUUACGAUCUUUGUGCAUCUUGUUAUGAAAGUGGUGCAACAACAACGAGGCAUACAACUGACCACCCAAUGCAGUGCAUAUUAACGAGGGUAGAUUUUGAUUUGUACUAUGGCGGGGAAGCGUUCUCUGUAGAGCAGCCACAGUCUUUUACUUGUCCCUACUGUGGGAAAAUGGGUUACACAGAGACGUCGCUUCAAGAGCACGUUACUUCUGAGCAUGCGGAAACAUCAACAGAAGUGAUUUGUCCAAUAUGUGCAGCAUUACCCGGAGGCGAUCCUAAUCAUGUCACAGAUGACUUCGCAGCUCAUCUUACACUUGAACACAGAGCCCCUAGAGAUUUAGAUGAAUCGAGUGGUGUUCGACAUGUACGCAGAAUGUUCCACCCUGGCCGGGGAUUAGGAGGGCCUCGCGCUCGUAGAUCAAACAUGCACUUUACUAGCAGUUCUACUGGUGGACUUGCUUCUUCUCAGAGUUCAUACUCUCCAAGCAAUAGGGAAGCCAUGGAUCCGAUAGCUGAGCUUUUAUCUCAGCUAUCAGGAGUGAGACGCUCUGCAGGAGGACAGCUUAAUUCUUCUGGCCCUUCCGCUUCUCAGUUACAACAACUGCAGAUGCAGCUGCAGCUAGAACGGCAGCACGCCCAGGCAGCACGGCAACAACUGGAGACCGCACGGAACGCAACCCGGCGUACCAACACAAGCAGUGUCACCACUACAAUCACACAAUCCACAGCAACAACCAACACAGCUACUACAGAAAGCAGUCAGCAAGCGAUCCAGAAUUCCCAAUUUCUUUUAACAAGGUUGAAUGAUCCUAAAAUGUCUGAGACAGAGCGCCAGUCCAUGGAAAGCGAGCGCGCAGACCGCAGCCUGUUUGUCCAAGAGCUCCUUCUGUCCACGUUAGUGCGCGAAGAGAGCUCGUCCUCGGACGAGGAUGACCGGGGGGAGAUGGCAGAUUUUGGUGCUAUGGGCUGUGUAGAUAUUAUGCCUUUAGAUGUUGCUUUAGAGAACCUAAAUUUAAGAGAGAGUAAUAAAGGAAAUGAGCCUCCACCACCUCCUCUUUGAUGACAUCCCGGUCCGCAGACAGUGCCCUCUGUGCUGUAUUUGCCAAUGAACGUGGACAACAACGAUCCUGGGUGUGUUUGGUGAUUGUAAUUCAGGUCUGUCACUCUUGUUACAUUGUGUACAUUCAAAAGGAAGAGAGAAAAUAUAUAUGAUAAUCAUUUCCACGUAACUAAUUUUUACUUCUAGCAGGUAAAUGUAGGUAGCAGUGCAGGGGGAUCUCUGCUUCCUGUACCUUGACAUGCAAAAGGCUCUCCUAAUACUCCCCAGUCAAACUGAAGAGGAAAUUGAAAUCUCUAAUGAAGCUGCUGUGUGUAUUUAUGAAUAUUAAUGAAUAAAAACUGCUUGGAUGGUUUACCUUAACUACUGCAUGAGGUUUUUUGCAGCGUGCAUGAGUUUUAGUGACCUUGUUAUUUAAAAAAAUUAAAUACAAGGAGUAAAACUUAAAAAAAAAACAACCCAAAGCUUUCCCAAACAUUAUUCAAUGGUUACAUGACAAAAGAGUUACCUGCCCAAGUAGCUUUUGAAUAAUGUCUGCCUGACUCACCUUUCUGUGUGUGCCUCGUACGCACAAAGUCAGCUCUGCAGUGAAACCUGGGGGUUGUAGCCCGGUGUCUCACUCCACCCUGUGUGACUGUCCUGUUGCCUCGUUACUCACCUGGCCCGUGUGGAGCUCCGUCUGUCUCUAGCGCAUCCUUAGAAGACACACCAGUCCAGCUACUGUCGGAAUCUGCUGCAGGCCUGUUUGUGUGCCCUAAAACAGACCCUGAUCAUACUUGUUCCAACGUUUUUACUUUUUGUGGUUGUUUAAGAUUUUCACCCGCAAUUGUUAAAUAUGUUUUAUUCAGGUGUAGAUGAAUUCAUUUAUUCACUGUUCAACAGAGUUACCCUGAAUUAUGUUGUCUUUGUUUAAAAAAAAAAACUCACAUUCUCAAUCAUAUCUUGCAUUAUUUAUGUAUUUGCUUCAUAGUUUUGCUAAGAUAGAUCAGUAUCAGGGGAGCUUUGAGGAAUUGCUUUCCCAGACUUUGUCUCUCUAUACAACCAAAUUCAGUGCUGACUUUAGCACCUUUUAUUUAUUGGUUUUGUUUCUGGCAUAAAAAGUAAAGCCUUUUAAUUGCAUCAUGUCACCUAUAUGCCUAUAUUAUUAAUCCUGUGUGUGUGUAAAAAAAUGUACAGCUUUUUGCGGUUGGAUUGGGGGCUUAGUGGGGCUGAGUUUUUUGUUUUUUUCAUUUUCUGUUUCAAACGUUUUUUGUGCAAAGCCUUUCACACUAGCUCUAAGGCAGGGACAAGCAGGUCUGGGGGCAUGGGAGAGAGGGCAGUUUUUGGAAUGUAAAUUUAGGACUUUGAAAAAAGGUGCGCACAGCUUCUGAUAAAUUUAUACCUAGACUUAACCUAAUCAUGUCUCCUUCCAGUUCUCUUUUCCCAAGCCCUUCCCUCAGUGUCCCUUUUCUCCCAUCAUCCUUCCCUUCCCUGUCCGUGUUCCACUGUUUCUCCACACGACAGGCAUACAGCCUGAACACCCUCCCAUGUUCUGCUGAGAACCGUGAAGUCCAUGUUCAUCCAAAUGUAACCAAAAAGAAGCCACCCCACACGCUAAUGUUGCUUCUCCUCUUGAGACUUCAGACAACACAAUGGUUUCCAAAUAAUAGCUGUUUUAUUUCGUUACUGUAAUGGAACAUUCUACAGCGGGCUUCUGGUUAUUCUAGAAGCCACCUCCAGUAGGGAUUUCCCUUUUCCCUUUUUAUUUUUCCCAAUUGGUUGUUGAGAAGUUUCAAAACCUAAUUUUCAAGCUGUGGUCUUUUCAAACACAUCUGCACAUAAGUCACACAUUUCAAUAAAGCAUUUUCAAGACUGUU